UUAUGGUGCACCCUGUAAUAUUCUCUGCGUCAACCAUUUUAUUUCUUAUUAAAUUCCCCAAAAUUCACUCAUUUUUAUUUUUUCUCCUAUUUUCAUUUAAUUUAUACCCCUCAACAUUAGCAACACAAUCAUCAGAUGAUUUUCAAUUAUUUGUAACCAUUUUUGUUAUUUUAUUAAUUAUUGGUUUGGUUAUCUCAGCUGCUUUUGCUUUAUCCCUUUAUUUUUAUGUUUGGUAUAAAAGAAGGGAAAAUGUUGGGAAACAAAGUUUUAAUAAUUUAAAUGAGUAUUACAAACAACAACAAAAACAACAACAUGUUGUUAAGCCUGUUAAGAGGAGAGAAGCAGAAAAUGUUUUUUGGACAGAGGUAGAGUUGUAA